AUGACCGAUCAACAGCAGCAACCGGGCGAGCAAGCCGCCGCUUCGGCCGCUACCGUAGCAGUGGCACCGGAGGCCCCAACCCCGGCCGCCACUGAGGCCGAGGCGCCUCCCAUCGAGGCGGACGACGAUGGCUUUUCGAUCGCCGGGUACUCAUCAACCGACGAGUCUCAGGCCUCGCUGCGGCCCACGAUCCUCGACUACCGUCGCGAAAACGGGCGUACGUACCACCGCCUCAGCGACGGCAAGUACAUCAUGCCCAACGACGAGCAGGAGCAGGACCGUCUCGACAUCGUCAACCAUAUCUGGGUCAUCAUCCUCGACGGUGAAUUCUGCCUCUGCCCCAAAAAUGAGGGUGCCAAGCGCGUCCUCGACCUCGGAACCGGCACCGGUAUUUGGUGUCUCGACUACGCCGACGCCCACCCGGAGUCCCAGGUCAUCGGCGUGGACCUCAGUCCCAUCCAGCCAGGAUACGUGCCCCCGAACUGCAGCUUCGAAGUCGAUGAUGUUGAGAAGGAGUGGACCUGGAGCACCCCCUUUGACCUCAUCGUGGCGCGUAACAUGAUCGGCUGCUUCGCCAACUGGGAGGCCACCAUCAAGCAAGCCUACGACAACCUUGAGCCCGGCGGCUACUUCGAGAUCCAGGACGCUAUGUACCCUGCGUUCUGCGACGACGGCACCCUCAAGGAAGAUUCCGCAAUCACUAAGUGGUCCAAGAUGAUCGCCGAGGCCUGCCAGCUGAUCGGGCGCUCCGUGACGCGGACCCACGAAUUCGACGGCCUCCUCAGGGACGCUGGGUUCGACGACGUUCACAAGACGCCCAUCAAGUUCCCCAUCUCGCCGUGGCCCAAGGACAGGAAGCUCAAGGACAUUGGGCUCUGGACGCAGGCGUCGCUGCUGGCUGGCAUUGAGGGCAUGAGCCUUGCCCUCUUCACGCGCACCCUGGGCUGGACUCGCGAGGAGACGAUGAUUCUCUGCAUGCAAGUCAGAGCCGAGAUCAAGAAUAAGGAUAUCCACGCGUACUGGAAGGGCUACAUCAGCUACGGACGCAAGCCUUUGGAUGCCGACAAGAGCGAGCAGGAGAACUAG